GAAGAAGAAGAAGAGCUGGGCAUGGAGCGGCGGCGAGCAGAAGGGAGGAGGAGGAGAAGAAGCAGGCGGGCAGAGAGGAAGCGCCGCUGAGAGGAGCAGAAGCACCGCGAGCAGGCUGUUCCUCCUCUCGGCGAUGCUCCCUUGCCUCUUCUAGUGAAGGAAGGAAGGCAAGGAGGAGAAGAAGAAGAGGCAGCAGGAUCCAAGCGGCGGAGGCGGCUGGGCAGCGCGCAAGUUCCUCUCCUUUUUCCCUCGCCGCAACUCUAAGGAAUGAAAGCUCUCCAGGCAGACCUGGUCCUCCUCUGCUUCUGCCUUCUCGGCCAAGAACUUGGUUUCCCGAGGAGAGGAUGCUGUCUGGUGUUUGGGUUCAUGUACAAGGAGAAGUAUCGACGCAUGACUGAAGGGCCAGCAUCUUCUUUUACCCAGCAGCCUCAGGACCAGGUAGUGAUUGCCGGGCAACCUGUGACCCUGCUGUGUGCCAUUCCAGAGUACAAUGGAAUCGUGCUGUGGAUUAAAGAUGGGCUCGCUCUUGGAGUAGGCAGGGAUCUCUCAAGCUACCCACGCUAUUUGGUUGUAGGGGACCAUUUAUCAGGGGAGCAUCACUUGAAGAUCCUGAGAGCAGAUCUCCAAGAUGAUGCCGUGUAUGAAUGCCAGGCUAUUCAGGCCGCCAUCCGUUCCAGACCAGCCCGGCUGACCGUCCUUGUGCCUCCAGAUGACCCAGUUAUUCUUGGUGGACCCAUCAUUAGCCUGCGGGCUGGAGAUCCUCUGAAUCUCACUUGCCAUGCUGACAAUGCCAAACCAGCAGCAUCCAUUAUUUGGAUGCGGAGAGGAGAAGUCAUAAAUGGAGCAACCUAUUCUAAGACCGUGCUCCGUGAUGGGAAGAGAGAGAGUAUCAUGAGCACACUCUUUGUCUCUCCAUCAGACAUCGAGAAUGGCCAGACCAUUGCAUGCCGAGCUACCAACAAAGCCAUCCCCAGUGGAAAGGAAACCUCUGUCACUAUCGACAUUCAACAUCCUCCUCUCGUCAAUUUGUCAGUGGAACCUCAACCUGUCCUUGAAGACAACACGGUGAAGUUUCAUUGCUCUGCAAAAGCCAACCCUGCUGUCACUCAGUACAGAUGGGCCAAAAAGGGACACAUUAUAAAGGAAGCAUCUGGUGACACUUUUGAGGCCAUAGUUGACCACACCUAUUUUUUUGAACCAGUAUCCUGUGAGGUGACCAAUGCUUUGGGAAGCACUAACAUCAGCAGGACAGUAGAUGUUUACUUUGGACCUCGCAUGAUGUCAGAACCACAAUCCCUCCUCGUUGACCUUGGAUCAGAUGCGGUAUUUAAUUGUGCAUGGAUUGGAAACCCAUCCCUGACCAUAGUUUGGAUGAAGCGGGGCUCUGGUGUGGUCCUGAGCAAUGAGAACACGUUAACACUAAGAAAUGUCCGCCAAGAAGAUGCUGGAAAAUACGUCUGCCGAGCCGUGGUUCCACGUGUGGGUGCGGGAGAACGGGAGGUGUCGCUGACUGUCAAUGGGCCACCUAUAAUCUCCAGCACACAGACGCAGCAUGCACUUCAUGGGGAAAAGGGCCAGAUCAAAUGCUUCAUUCGUAGUACUCCUCCACCAGACCGAAUCGCUUGGUCCUGGAAGGAGAAUGUUCUGGAGUCAGGUACCUCUGGGCGAUACACAGUGGAAACUGUCAGCACAGAUGAAGGCGUGAUCUCUACAUUAACCAUCAGCAACAUUGUACGGGCAGACUUCCAGACGAUUUACAACUGCACCGCUUGGAACAGUUUUGGCUCAGACACUGAGAUCAUCCGGCUGAAAGAGCAAGGUUCGGAAUUGAAAUCAGGAGCUGGUAUGGAAGCAGAGUCAGUGCCAAUGGCAGUCAUCAUAGGCGUCGCAGUUGGAGCUGGUGUGGCAUUCUUGGUGCUGAUGGCUACCAUUGUGGCCUUUUGUUGCGCUCGUUCACAGAGAAAUCUGAAAGGUGUGGUUUCAGCCAAGAAUGAUAUCCGUGUUGAGAUUGUUCAUAAGGAGUCUGCCUCAGGCAGAGAAACCGAGGAACACCCAACGAUCAAGCAGUUGAUGAUGGAUAGAAGUGAGUUCCAGCAGGAUUCAGUUCUGAAGCAGCUGGAGGUGCUCAAAGAAGAAGAGAAGGAGUUCCAGAAGGAUCCUACAAAUGGCUAUUACAGUGUGAAUACUUUCAAGGAGCACCACUCCACCCCGACCAUCUCUCUUUCGGGCUGCCAGCCAGACAUGAGACCAGCCAACAAGCAGCGUGUGCCCACUGGCAUGUCCUUCACCAACAUCUACACCACCCUGAGUGGGCAGAACCGGCUCUAUGACUACAGCCAGCGCUUUGUCUUGGGCAUGGGGAGCAGCUCCAUCGAGCUGUGCGAGCGGGAAUUCCAGCGGGGCUCCAUGAGCGACAGCAGCUCCUUUCUGGACACGCAGUGCGACAGCAGCGUCAGCAGCAGUGGCAAGCAGGAUGGCUACGUACAGUUCGACAAGGCCAGCAAGGCCUCAGCUUCAUCUUCUCAUCAUUCGCAGUCCUCCUCUCAAAACUCAGACCCCUCCCGACCAUUGCAGAGGAGAAUGCAGACCCAUGUGUGAAAGGGGGAAGAGGACAGGACUGGAAAUGGAGAAGGCCGGGAGGGAGAGCAGGACGGGUCAGGACAGACCACCAAAGGAGCUGGCCACAGUAGUCAGCCAUCCCAAAGCCUUGCCCUGCCAACAGGUGGGGGGCUGUUGGACAUCUGCCCAUUCCAGAUGGGUUGGAGGCUGUUCUCUCAUUUUAUUUGCAUUCUGGUGGCUUUUAAUUCCCAAAGGCUUUCUUCCACCUCUCCCCUUUCUUUAGAGUAAAACGUUCAAGGUGACGGGAGCAAGAAGAAGCCUGUGCUGGAGAUAAAACUGUCCAAGCAAAGAUUGGAAGACCUUCCUUCCUACACCCUUUGACCACUAUUACGCAGGUGGGGAGAAUCCACGACAGCUGAACCCAAACUAAUUUUAAGCACAACGUCUGUUUUCUUCCUGUAGCAGGCUGGUUUUAAGGGAAUGGGAGUGCAGAAAGGCAAGCUCAAGACACUUCCGUGUUCUUUUGUGCAAUGUGUUGCCUAUACUUUCAGAAAGAGAGAAAGGCCAAACUUCCAAACUCAACUCCAGAAGAGUACAGACAUCCACAGUCUUUAGUGGGACACUAGGAACACCUGCUUCCCCUCACCUUUUGUUUCAAGUAAGAUGACCUGCCUGGCCACAAAAUGUCUUGAGACAGGACAUGGUCUUCCUGUUGACCAGCCAUUUUAUACUUCUCAGCUCAUGCGGUGCAGAGCACUUUCUACUCGAGCUGAGGAGGACAGCCAUAAAUGCUACCUUUCUAAUAUUCCUCUCAUGGUGGUUGCUUCAUGGAGACAAGAGGAUUGGUGCUCCUAGUGGUUUCUCCCACUUCCUCUUCAUUUAUGAUACCACUGCCAGACUGUGGACAUUGCAAAGAAGGUCCACCUGCAACGUUGUGAAGUACACCAGCCAACUCUUCUUCCCAAUGCUUUAGCCUCAUGUGCAAAACUCUAAACCCGUCCCCCAAAAUGUGUUCUUCAAGCAACCUCAAAGAGUGUGGCUUCAUUUAAGGAAGUUCUGUGUGAGAGGGUGGGAGGGGAACAGCCAUUGGUGUAACUUAAUGUACACUCUGAAUUUGAGUCUUCUUUAUUUUUCUUUCUCUUUUUGUUUGGUGUUUAGUGUUCAUAAUAUUACAGUGUGUCCUUGGACUAAAAAAACAAUUGGAGUUGAGAACUUUUAAAGAGUUGCGUCUCAGAAGAAUACACAUUGCCAGACACGCACUUACAUGUACAAGAAUACUAUCAGUUGAAAGGAACUGUUGGUAGAUGGAGGACUGAGCUAAAUCCGAGAGCCAUGUGACAAUCACGGAAAAGACACACCGAGAGUGGGAGAUGGAGAGCCAACACAGAGCAUUGUUCUCACUGCUUCUUGUGUAUUUCUGUCCCCUUCCUCUUCCCGUGUCUCUUCUUCCGUCUCCAUCAGUAGCACAAUUGGAAGAUUAAUACAAUAAUUGUUACAAGCA